ACAACAGUUGUUCAACUACACUUGACAUUGGGGAAAGUUCUGAACCUGGUCUUGUCUCCUCCAGUUUUUAGCAAUGGCGAGUGGUGCAACGAAAAGGGUCGUCUCCUCGGCGAUCGACUGGACUCGAUUUGCUGCUGUUUGUCCCAAAUGGCAGGUAGAAAUGUUGAGGGCAACUAAGGCCAAACACGAUACCUUUGUGAACAAAGUGCACCAGCUUCCUGAAAAUUUGCCCAAGAUUGACUUUGCCAGCUACAAGUCCAGGCUGCCAGACCCCACUAUGGCUGACAGAUUUCAGAAAGCUUACGAGGCGUUGAGUAUACCGUACCCGGUGGACAAGGCCAAUCUUUUGCAGAAAGUGGAGGCUCAGAACUCGGAGAAGGAGCAAGAGGUGAAAAGGUUCAAGACUGAGAUCCAGGCAGAGAUUGAGGAGAGCAAGAGUUUUUUGAAGAAGAUCGACACGCUGCCCAAGUUUGAGGAGAUGACGGAGGAGAUGUUCUGCUACUACUUCCCCGAGACAUGGCAGGAUCCCGCCAAGCCAAAGUUCUGGCCCUACGUGGAGACGGAGCAGCCCGGGGCGCCAGGAUUCAAGUACGCCAAGUGAACGGUUCGCGCGCUCUGAGUGAACGGUUCGCUAAUGGUUCUAGUACGCCAAAUGAAAUGGUUCGCUCAUGGUUCAUGUGUGCUCUAAGUGAACGGUUCGCUUAUGGUUCAAGUGCACCAACUGAACGGUUCGCUCGUGGUUCAAGUGUACUUUAAGUGAACGGUUCGCUUAUGAUUCAAGUGCGCCAAAUGAAACGGUUCAGUGAUAGUAAAUAAAAGCUGCUCCUUCGCUCUCAAAAGUUUUUUUUUUCCGAGGAAGGCUGUAGCCGAAGUUUUUACUUUUUCUCUUCUUUUUUUUUUUAAAUCUUGUUUUGUUCUGGGAGAAAUUGAAGUAAGUUGAAUGUAGCGUUGAGCAUGUUGAGCUGAGGUGGCCAUUCAGCGGCUCCGUCGCGGUGCGUCGCCAAUAAAGCUGUUUGUGUCGACACCCAC